UAAUAGUUUGGGUGGAAAAUGGUAACUUGUGGUAGUAUUUGAAAGAGUGAAGGUUCAUGCAGAAUCUGGGGGUUCUAUAAAAAGGGUAAGCAGUCCUCACAAAACAUCUCAUCCACCACCUUCACUAAUCGCAACUUCAACUGAGCACAACCAUACCACCCCCGCCUCCGCCCCAAAUCACCGCGGUGGUUUGCCUACAUCUCCUAGACCAGUGCGAAAAUGGGCAUAAACUCGAACAGGGUCGAUAACUUUUCAGACCACGAAGCCCCGCCGCCGCCGGGCCUCCUCGAAGCUACAAACGCAAUGCAAAUGCCGUCGUUGGAGGUCCACAGAGUCUGCCUGCCGCCGCUCAGAACCACCGCGCAGAAGCUCCGCCACCGCCUCUCCGAGAUCUUCUUCCCCGACGAUCCGCUCCACAAGUUCAAGGACCAGACGUGGCUUCGCAGGCUCGUUUUGGGGCUGCAGUUUUUCUUCCCAAUUUUCCAGUGGGCCCCCAAUUAUAGCUUCAAGCUCUUCAAGUCCGACGUCGUUUCGGGUGUCACCAUUGCAAGCCUUGCCAUUCCGCAGGGAAUAAGUUAUGCAAAACUAGCAAAUCUGCCACCGAUUAUUGGUUUAUAUUCGAGUUUCGUGCCACCUUUGAUAUACUCAGUUCUUGGGAGUUCCAGACAUCUCGCAGUUGGCCCUGUUUCCAUAGCUUCCCUUGUGAUGGGAACAAUGCUCAGCGAAACAGUUUCCUACAAUGACGAACCAAUCCUAUACCUUAAGCUGGCUUUCACAGCAACAUUCUUUGCAGGGGUAUUUCAGGCUUCUCUAGGCUUUCUAAGAUUAGGAUUUGUUAUCGAUUUUCUGUCAAAGGCGACUCUGGUUGGCUUCAUGGCCGGUGCUGCAGUGAUCGUCUCGUUGCAGCAGUUGAAAGGGCUACUUGGGAUAGUCCAUUUCACUACCAAAAUGCAACUAGUUCCUGUGUUGUCUUCUGCCUUCCAUCAAAUAGAUGAGUGGUCUUGGCAAACCAUUGUGAUGGGAGUCAGUUUUCUGGCGUUGUUGCUGAUAACAAGGCAGAUUAGCAUGAGAAAGCCUAAGCUCUUUUGGGUUUCAGCAGCUGCUCCAUUAGCAUCAGUGAUUCUAUCAACCAUUCUAGUCGUAUGCUUCAAAUCCAAGCUUCACGGGAUCAAGACUAUUGGAAAUUUGCCUAAGGGUCUGAAUCCACCUUCUUCAAACAUGUUGUAUUUUGAUGGGCCUCAUCUUACUUUAGCAAUCAAAACUGGAAUUAUAACUGGAAUACUUUCUCUCACAGAAGGGAUUGCAGUUGGAAGGACAUUUGCUAGUCUAAAAAAUUACCAAGUUGAUGGGAACAAAGAGAUGAUGGCCAUUGGCCUAAUGAACAUGGCUGGCUCGUGUUCGUCUUGCUACGUUACCACUGGAUCAUUUUCACGAUCAGCUGUGAACUACAACGCUGGUGCAAAGACCGUCGUCUCAAACAUAGUAAUGGCUUCAGCGGUGCUCGUGACACUGUUGUUCCUCAUGCCGUUGUUCUAUUACACUCCCAAUCUCAUCUUGGCAGCCAUUAUCAUCACUGCUGUGGUUGGCCUAAUCGACUACCAAGCAGCGUACAAGCUGUGGAAAGUCGACAAACUUGAUUUCUUGGCUUGCUUGUGUUCCUUCUUUGGUGUUCUGUUCAUCUCAGUGCCUCUUGGUCUCGCUAUAGCAGUUGGAGUUUCUGUUUUCAAGAUCUUGUUGCAUGUCACAAGGCCAAACACAGUUGUGUUGGGAAACAUUCCAAGAACUCAGAUAUAUCAGAAUCUCACUCAAUACAGAGAAGCGGUUCGAGUUCCUUCGUUCUUGAUCAUGGCAGUUGAGGCUCCUAUCUACUUUGCAAAUUCCACCUACUUGCAAGAAAGGAUAAUGCGAUGGAUCAGAGAGGAGGAAGAGUGGCUGGCAUCGAACAACAGAAGCAACAUGAAAUGUGUAAUACUAGAUAUGACUGCUGUGACAGCAAUAGACACAAGUGGCAUUGACACAAUCAAUGAACUAAGAAAGAUUCUGGAGAAAAGAUCACUCAAGCUUGUGUUGGUGAAUCCUGUUGGAAGUGUAAUGGAGAAACUGCAUGAAUCCCACAUCUUGGAAUCCUUUGGAUUGGAAGGGCUGUAUCUAAGCAUCGGAGAAGCCGUUGCUGACAUUUCGUCUACGUGGAAAGCUCAACCUUGAACAUCAACAAUGGCUUCCACGGCCAUAUAUAUAUAUGAAUAGGAUGAAGGAUUUCUUGCUUUGUUCAAGACCAUAUAUAUCAAAUAUAUGUAUGCAGUACAAUGUGCUCAAAUGUACCUAGCUAGUCCUGAGAAGUUUUGUAAUCUAACUAUUUUCUCUUAUCUAUUAAUUAUUAGCUUUGGUUCUAGCUA